AUGGCCAAAGUCGCUCUUAUUACCGGCGGUACUAGCGGAAUGGGGCUUGCAGUUGCCAAGGACCUGAGCCAGACCGGCAGCUGGCAGGUCAACAUUAUCGGCACCAACCAGGAGCGAGGCCAAGAAGCAGCAGCUUCCUUGUUAAAUGUCACAUUCUACCAAGCCGACGUGCGCAAUUACCAACAACUAGCCGCUGUAUUUGACCAGAUCUUCAAUGCCACUGACCGAAUAGACUUUGUCUUCGCGAACGCCGGAAGAGCAGAUUAUACCGAUUUCUUCGCCAAAUCCGAGACCGGCAUCCCGCCCGAACCGGGUUCUGAACUUGUCGAUGUCAACGUGAACGGCGCUCUAUAUACCAGUUACCUUGCGAUGCACUAUUUCCGUCGCUCUCCAGAGUUAACGAAAGGGCAUAGGAAUUUAAUACUCAUGUCGAGUAUCGGGGGACUAUACCCCUGCAUGUUGACCCCGGUGUACUCUAGCACUAAACAUGCGCUCAUUGGGCUCACUCGCUCUGUCGGAGAGCGACUUUGGGAAGAUGGAAUUCGGGUUAAUGCUCUGUGUCCCGGGGUGGUGGAAACGCCCCUUCUUGCCAACGAGGCGUUUAAUGCGAUCUUUCCGCGGGAAAUACUCAUUCCUAUAGACGUUGUAACUGGUGUGGUAUCAGAGCUACUGUCUGGGGCAGAUAUGGUAGACGCCAAAGGGAUGCGUGUCGCUGGUGAUGAGAUGCAUUCCCGGGCGCUUCAUGUUUCAGGAAAGAGCUUCCUUUUCAUUGAGAAGCCCGAGUUUCACGAUGCGCAGUCUCGGAUAACUUGGGCUGCAAUGAUGGGGCAUAAAUAA